UAAUCAAACGAGACAGCACUUCCGGAGACAUUUAUUUCCCGAAACAAGAGGAUGAAAUGCUGCAAGAUUUCGAUGAUAACUCCAUGUUCCUAAGUAGAGAGGCUUUCAUUAAGACUCAAGACACAGUUAGUUAUGGUGUUGUCCUGUACAAGAAUGCCACGAACAAACUGAGGAUAAACACGCAGCUUCAAAAUGACGU